GUAUACAGCUAGCGAGUAGCGAGUCCUCUCUCCAGUAUAUAUAUCCGUGCAUGGGGUUCAGUCUCCAAGAGUUUUGAGUUCUGAGAUCUCAUCAUCGAUCCCCGGCGCAGAGAUAGACAGAGGGAUUCCGAGCAGAAACAUAGACUGCACUGGCAUUUAUAAGAAGACAUACAUCCACAGAUAACAGAGAAUUAAAGUACUAAAAAUGGUGAGAGCGCCCUGCUGCGAGAAGAUGGGAUUGAAGAAAGGCCCUUGGAGCCCUGAAGAAGAUCAGAUUCUCAUCAAUCACAUUCAGCUUUACGGCCAUGGCAACUGGCGCGCUCUUCCCAAACAAGCCGGAUUGUUGAGGUGCGGAAAGAGUUGCAGGCUCCGGUGGACAAAUUACCUGCGACCCGACAUUAAACGAGGAAACUUUAGCAGAGAAGAAGAGCAAGCCAUCAUCGACUUACACGAAAAGUUAGGAAAUAGAUGGUCGGCAAUUGCAGCGAAAUUACCAGGGAGAACAGACAAUGAAAUAAAGAAUGUGUGGCACACCCACUUGAAAAAGAGGCUGAAGCAUGCGGAAGAGAGCUCAAAAACAGAGCCCCAACCCACGAAUUCUCCGGCCGGCGAGAGGCCCGAAAGCCCAGGGUGCCGGCCGGUCUCCCCGCAAGAGUCUUCGAGCGACGUCUCGUCCAUCACCACCGGAGAAAUAAACAACGGCUGUACGAGCCCAAAGCUGGACUCCAGCCCAGGCGAUGAGUUCCUCGUAAUGGAUGAAGAUUUCUGGUCGGAGGUGCUGUCGGCGGACACCCCUGAGACAGCCGGUGGCGCACUUGAACUUGAGUUCCCAUUUUCUGAGCUUCCGGCGAUGGAACCUGGCUCUAGCAUGUGCGAGAGCAUGGACUUCUGGUACAAUAUUUUUACUAGGGCUGGGGACCUGUUGGAUGAAUCCUUAACAUUGGAAUUACCAGAAUUUUGAGGGGCUGCGUUUGGGUGUAAGAUGUAAAUUCUUCUCGUUCUAAUGCGAGAUUAGCAAUUUUCGUCCUCUACUUACAGUAAAGCAGGACGAUGAUUUUGAUUUUAAGGUUUAAUUAGGCCAAAAAUUAUAAUCUGACAUGUCCAUUUAUGUGUAGGAGCAAAAAACGAUUCAUUGUGGGUAUCAAUGUAUAAAUUUCUUCCCCAAGAAAAA